CUGGCUCUUUAACAAGUUAGGUUUCUAGGUUAAAGGCGGUUCUCAAAGGUGCCUUCGAGAUAAAAUGGAGUUCUGAAGAGGUGGGACCACUUACUGUCUUGGAAGGCAGUGGCAGUAACAACAAUGAUGGCAAGUCCUCGUGAAGAGCAGCGGAUGCACAAGGCCAGGAGAGGAGAGGUGGCUGUGGAACACUUUGGCAAGCACCCCCUGCAGAACAGGUGGGCCCUGUGGUUUUUCAAAAAUGACAAGAGCAAGACCUGGCAGGAGAACUUGCGGCUUGUCACCAAAUUUGAUACUGUAGAAGACUUCUGGGCCCUGUAUAGCCAUAUCCAACUGGCCAGCAAGUUGACCUCUGGCUGUGACUAUUCCCUUUUCAAGGAUGGCAUUGAGCCAAUGUGGGAAGAUAACCGGAAUAAGCGUGGUGGGCGUUGGCUUAUCACCUUGGCCAAGCAGCAGCGACAUACGGAGCUUGACCGUUUCUGGUUGGAGACUCUGCUGUGCCUGAUUGGAGAGAUGUUCGAUGACUACAGUGAAGAUGUAUGUGGGGCGGUCAUCAACAUCCGUGCCAAGGGGGACAAGAUUGCAAUUUGGACUCAAGAGGCAGAGAACCGGGAUGGGGUCAUUCAUAUUGGGCGUGUAUACAAGGAGCGCCUGGGCCUGUCCUCAAAAGUCGUAAUUGGUUAUCAGGCUCAUGCAGAUACUGCCACCAAGAGCGGUUCCCUGAUGAAGAACAAGUUUGUGGUAUGAAGCAGCUAGGAUGGACCCUUGGAGGUGGCAGGAUCUCUGGGGGAGCAGUGUAGAUGGGCAUGGCAUGGCAUAAUAGUCACAUACCUUUUGUUGGCUCUCAACAUUAUUAAAGUAUUACAACUAAACAAGUUUUA